AUGUGGCUUUUAUUUUCCAGUGUCUGAAACUUGGAGUGACGAAACAUGUCUCAGUCAGGUGAAAAAGUGAAGUUUUCCGACUCGGCAGGCUAUGUGGGAUUUGCUAAUCUGCCCAACCAGGUUCACAGGAAAUCUGUAAAGAAGGGCUUUGAAUUCACACUGAUGGUGGUUGGUGAGUCUGGCUUAGGAAAAUCCACUUUAAUUAACAGUCUGUUCCUGACUGAUCUUUAUCCAGAACGUUAUAUUCCUGGAGCUGCAGAGAAAAUAGAGAGAACAGUUCAAAUCGAAGCAUCUACAGUAGAGAUAGAGGAGCGAGGGGUGAAGCUGCGUUUAACAGUAGUUGACACACCAGGAUAUGGAGAUGCCAUUAACAGCCAGGACUGCUUCAAAACAAUUAUCCAGUACAUUGACAACCAGUUUGAGCGAUACCUGCAUGAUGAGAGUGGCCUGAACAGGCGCCACAUCAUAGACAACAGAGUCCACUGCUGCUUUUACUUCAUCUCUCCCUUUGGGCAUGGACUGAAACCACUAGAUGUAGAGUUCAUGAAGGCUCUUCAUGGAAAAGUCAACAUUGUCCCUGUGAUUGCCAAGGCUGAUACACUGACACUGAAGGAGAGAGAGAGGCUGAAGAGAAGAGUUCUGGAUGAGAUUUCCGAACAUGGCAUUAGGAUUUAUCAGCUCCCUGAUGCAGAUUCUGAUGAAGAUGAGGAGUUUAAAGAACAAACUAGAGUUUUAAAGGCUAGCAUUCCCUUCGCUGUUAUUGGAUCCAAUCAACUUAUCGAGGUGAAGGGGAAAAAAAUCCGGGGCCGCCUGUACCCCUGGGGAGUUGUGGAAGUUGAAAAUCCAGAGCACAAUGAUUUCCUUAAGCUGCGCACAAUGCUGGUAACACAUAUGCAGGACCUGCAGGAGGUGACCCAAGACUUGCACUACGAGAACUUCCGUUCGGAGAGGCUAAAACGCACUGGCAAGCCUGUCGAAGAGGAAGUGGUAGACAAGGAUAGAAUCCUCCAGCAGAAAGAGGCUGAGCUGCGCCGCAUGCAGGAGAUGAUUGCACAGAUGCAAGCCCAAAUGAGGAUGAAGCCUGGUGAUGACUAAGAUGCUUAACAUCUGGAUACAUCAGCAGCACACAGUUCUCUAAGUGGAUGGGUGCUCUCUUUUCUUUGCCCGAAUGGUAACGUUCCAAUGCUAAAGCUGGAUGCUGCAGACCAGGACCUGCGAUAAAACAAACACAAAGUCUGAAGAUGUGCUGUAAACCAGCUGUUUUAUAUAUUCAAUGUUACUCCAGUUAUAGUGUAUCUUUUCUGAUUCUUUUGGUAACACUGUCUUCAUACUUAUAAAUGUGGUUUUAUUAUCCUUCCUAUACCUUUUUGUUCAGAAACUGAUAAGAGUAUGCUAUUUGGACUAGUCAUUGUGGUGGGUUUGAGGAGUUCAUCAUUUAUCUGCUAGGUUGUUGCAAACGGUUUCGUGGGUAAUGCUAAGACUUCGUGGCCUGUUUACAGUAAACGUGUGUGUUUGCACAGUAUCAUGAAUUUCACCUGCCAUUUUAAGUCAUUAUGUAUCCUAUCAAUUUAUCAGAACUUUCUCUGUGCUUUUGUUACUUCUGAAGCUUCAUCUCUGGUGAUUUGCAUUUGUGUGUUGUACAAGAAAGCGUAUAAAGUCACCAGAGAUGCACCCAGCUGACUUCCCUCAAUCGUCGUGCCUUAACGUACCAUACGCACUACGCACGCCAACAACUCGCGUGGAUGCCUCUGGAGGCUUGUCCUCGGGCCUCAAGUACUGAUGACAAGAAUUUGUCAUAGGCAUUUCUGUGUGUCAGCUGAGCGGUGGCAUGUACUGAAUUUUUUAUAUACCAUAACACUAAUUUCCAUCGGAGUUUUGUAAUAAAUGGAUGAAUGUG